AUGAACCUGCCCUGUGAAGAUCCGGCUGACAUGACAGGCGAGUUGAGCCCCCCACCAUUACUAAUAAACGACGGUGAUGAAAAACCUCCAAUUGCACCCGUGGACGGAAGUCCAGUGUCCGCUGCAAUGGCUGCUGAACCUGUAGGUAGUAGGCCCGGGAAUGAGGAUGCAGCAUUAGUGGCACCACUUGCUCCAAACACGAAUGGCUGA